AUGAAGGCAACGAACAAAAUCCUCAGCAGCUCUAUUUCCCCUCCUCAACCCCAAUACAAAGAAAGCAGCAGCAGCAUAAGUAGGAGCAGCAGCAGCAGCAGCAGCGACAGCAGCAGCAGCAGCGACAGCAGCAAGGGAAGGAGAAGGCAGCAGACCCGCGCAGCUUCCCCCAAGGGAAGGGGGCCUCCCCAGUACCCUUCUAAGGGCCCCCGGGGGCCCCAGGGGCCCCCGCGAAGCAAAACAAAGACAGCAGAUGCUGCCGUAUUGACUGAGUCCUCCUCCUCCCCCUCAGCAGCAGCAGCUGCUGCAGCAGAAGCAGCAGCAGCAGCAGGAGCAGCAGCAGCAGCAGAUGAUGCAUGCAGCAAACAAAGAGCGGCAGUGAAAGACAAUGAGAAGCAGGAGCAGCAGCAGCAGCAGCAUGAGCUGCAGCAGGAGCACCAGCGGGAACUGCAGCAGCAACAGCAGGAGCAGCAGGAGCAGCAGAAGCGUGCUGCUUCGCUUGAGCAUAUCACCUCUCCAAGAGUUCCUGCUGCUGCUGCUGCUGCUGCUUCUGCUGCUGCUGCUGCUGCUGCUGCUCCGGGUGUAUCUGCUGCUUCUUUAGAGGGGCCCCCAUCAGGUGCACAUACACCUGAGAAGACACCGCGCAGCCUCCCAGCAUGCAUGCAGCAGCAGCAGCAGCAGGAAUGGCUGCUGCUGCUGCAGCAGAAAGCAGAAGCAUCAAGGAUUCAAAGAAUCAAAGAAAGACGCAGAGACGCAUCCACGCGAAGCGCAGCAAACUCCCCCCGACCAGCAGCAGCAGCAGCAGCAGCAGCAGCAGCAGCCCCUUGGGGGCCCCCUCAGGGGCCCCCCAAGGGCCCCUCUCCUAAGAGUCCCCCCAAAGGACCCUCUCAGCAGGGGCCCCCGAAGGGGCCCCCACACAAAGGGCCCCCCAUGGGGGCCCCCAAGGGGCCCCCCAAGGGGCCCCCCAAGGGGCCCCCCAAGGGGCCCCCCAAGGGGCCCCCCGGGGGGGCCCCCAAGGGGGCCCCCAGGGAAGUAAUUGAGCAGGGGCCCCCUGGGGGGCCCCACGAGGUUAGCUUGUAUGCUGCUGCUGCAGCAAAAAUUCAGCGGUGGUGGCGGCGAAGGAAAGCGGAGAAAGUGUUUGUAGAUAUAGUGAAGAUGAAGCAGAGACACAGAGCAAAGCAGCAGCAAGUAAGAAGAAUACAGAUGCAGCAGCAGCAGCAGCAGCAGCAACAGCAGCAGCAGCAGCAGCAGCAGCAGCAGGUGGUGGGGUUUGUUGUGCCUGGAUUUCUCCCUAUAAAAAAAAUCCUCAGCAGCUCUAUUUCCUCUCCCCAAGCCAAAUACAAAGACAGCAGCAGCAGGAGAAGUAGCAGCAGCAGCAGCAGCAGCGACAGAAGCAGCAGCAGCAGCGACAGCAGCAGGGGCAGGAGAAGGCAGCAGAAGACCCGCGCAGUGGGGGGCCCCCCAGGGGCCCCCAAGGGAAGGGGGCCUCCCCAGGCCCCUUCUAAGGGCCCCCGGGGGCCCCAGGGGCCCCCGAGAAGCAAAACAGAGACAGCAGAUGCUGCUGUAUUGGCUGAAUCCUCCUCGUCCCCCUCAGCAGCAGCAGCAGCAGCAGAAGCAGCAGCAGCAGCAGCAGCAGCAGCAGAUGAUGCGUGCAGCAAACAGCCCCCAAAGCGAGCUGAGAACGAACAAAAACGAUUAAGAGAAAGAGAGGCAGCGAAAGAUAAUGAGCAGCAGCAGCAGCAGCAACAGCAGCAACAGCAGCAGCAGCAGCAGGAGCACCAGCGGGAACUGCAGCAGCAACAGCAGCAGCAGCAGGAGCAGCAGAAGCGUGCUGCUUCGCUUGAGCAUAUCACCUCUCCAAGAGAGACAGAUAAAGAGACAGUUGCUGUUGCUGCUAGGAAAGCUCUCGUCGCCUCUGCUCCUCAGUUCGUGCCGGUGAUAGACAAAAAACAAAAUGUACUUAUACUCUUUAAGGGGGGCCCCAAGGGGGGGCCCCCCAGGGGGGCCCUAGCUGAAACAAAGAACAGCAGCAGCAGCAGCAGCAGCAGCAGCAGCAGCAGAAGCAACAGCAGCAACAGCAGCAAGAGUCAGCAAGAAGACACUGAUGGGGGUGGGAGUGCAUACAGACAACCAGAGCCAAAGAUAGAGAAGAAGAUAGAUAAUAAAGAAAUAAAUAAAGAGAAAGAAAAAGAAAAGAAAGGAGACAGCACCUGGGAGGGACUGCCGGCUAUUGUGCUGAACAGGCCCAGCGACAUCUCCUCAGAAGGAGAGAGCAGCGACAGCAGCAGCAGCAGCAGCAGCAGCAGCAGCAGCAGCAGCAGGAGCAGCAGCAUAGACUCACAAGAUGAAGAAAUACGAGAAGCGAUGAAGGAGACAGAUAGAAGAAUGGAGACAGAGAAAAGAAAAGAGAUAGAUAAAGAGAUAGAUAAAAAAGAAAGAGAAAAGGAGACAGAAAAAGAAGAGAAAAAGAAAACAGAAAAAAAAACAAAUGAAGAGGCUGCUGUACACACACGCGUUCAUCCUCGUAUUGCUUCUGAUUCAAAGAAAGAAAAAACUGCUGCUGCUGCUGCUGCUGCUGCUGCUGCUGCUGCUGACGAUGAUGGUGAUGAUGUGAAGCAGCAGCAGCAACACAAACAGGAGCAGCAGCAGCGGGACGAUGACGAUAGGAAGAGAUACAGACACACAGCGGCAGAAACACCAUCUAGCAGCAGCAGCAAGAGCAGCAGCAGCAAGAGCAGCAGCAGCAAGAGCAGCAGCAGUAGCAGCAGAAAGAAAGAAAGGAGGCGCAAAAUAGGAAGAGAGAUAGACACACUGCAGCAGAUACACCAUCUAUCAGCAGCAGCAAGAGCAGCAGCAGCAAGAGCAGCAGCAGUAGCAGCAGAAAGAAAGAAAGGAGGCGCAAAAGCGCCUUGCUGCAUCCAAACUGGCAGCAGCAGCAGCAGCAGCAACAGCAGCAGCAGCAGCAGCAGCAGCAGCAGCAACUGUCUCGGCAUGCAGCUCUGCUGA